CAAAUUAUGCUUAAUUGGGGUUUGAUCUUCCCUCAAAACCCACCAAGGAAAAACUGACAUCCUGGUUUGCAGUAUAGAAAGAUUGAACAAGAAAGUUAACCUACGUGUUUGCAAGAAAAGAUAUGGAUAGACUUAUUAGUUUGGAGCCAUCAAACCUUGUUGCUGUCAGGAUUGAGCCAGGGCAGAAAUGUUAUGGAGAGCUUACUCUACGCAAUGUUAUGUACACCAUGCCGGUUGCCUUUAGGCUCCAGCCGUUGAACAAGGGUAGGUACACUGUCAAGCCUCAAUCAGGAAUCAUAGCACCACUCGGGACACAAACUGUGGAGAUUGUGUAUCAUCUCCCUCCAGGUUCAUUACUUCCGGACUCUUUUCCUCUCAGUGAUGAUUCUUUCCUUCUGCAUAGCGUGGUGGUUCCUGGUGCAGCAAUCAAAGACUCGACAUCAAGUUUCGAUGCAGUUCCUAACGACUGGUUCACAACAAAGAAGAAGCAAGUUUUUAUUGACAGUGGCAUCAAGAUCAUGUUUGUUGGUUCACCUGUUUUGGUUCAACUUGUGAUGGAUGGUUCUAUGGAUGAAAUCAGAGACGUAUUAGAGCGUAGUGACCCAGCAUGGAAUCCAGCUGAUUCAGUUGAUUCACAUGGACAAACCUUGCUCCAUCUUGCCAUAGCUCAAAGCAGACCUGAUAUUGUCCAAUUACUGCUUGAAUUUGAGCCUGAUGUAGAGUUUCAAAGCCAGUCAGGCUCUACACCACUUGAGGCUGCUGCAGGGUGUGGUGAAGAAUUGAUUGUUGAGCUUCUAUUGGCGCAUAAGGCUAGUUCAGAGCGAUCAAAGUCCUCUAGUUGGGGUCCAAUUCACCUAGCAGCAAUUGGUGGUCAUCUAGAGGUUCUGAGACUUCUUCUGCUCAAAGGUGCUGAUGUUGAUGCCCUCACAAAGGAUGGCAACACUUCCUUACACCUCGCAGUUGAGGAAAGAAGAAAAGAUUGCACGCGUCUACUAUUAGCUAAUGGCGCCACACUUGAUGUUCGCAAUACUAGAGAUGGUGAGACGCCGUUACAUAUCGCUGCAGGAUUAGGUGAUGAGCAAAUGGUGAAACUGUUACUUCAAAAGGGAGCAAACAAAGAAAUACGCAACAAGGCAGGAAAAACUGUUUAUGAUGUUGCUGCUGAGUAUGGUCACAUACGCCUUUUUGAUGCACUCAAGCUUGGCGACAGCUUGUGUUUAGCUGCCCGAAAAGGUGAAGUGAGAAAAAUCCAGAGGCUGAUUGAAAAUGGUGCAGUGAUUAACGGAAGAGACCAACAUGGAUGGACAGCCUUACAUAGGGCCUCAUUCAAGGGAAGGAUUGAUGCUGUAAAGAUGCUGAUUGACAAGGGAAUUGAUGUUGAUUCAAAAGAUGAUGACGGAUACACAGCUUUGCAUUGUGCUGUGGAAUCAGGCCAUACAGAUGUGGUAGAAUUGUUGGUGAAGAAGGGAGCAGAUGUGGAAGCAAGGACUAAUAAAGGUGUUACAGCCCUGCAAAUUGCUGAUUCAUUACACUAUGCAGGUAUUAGCAGGAUACUGAUUCAUGGUGGUGCAACAAAAGAUGGUAUGCCACAAGUCGCUGCAAUGCCGGUUUCAAUUCCAUUUGGAAAUGGAAAAAUGGGGAAAGAGAACGAAACAAAGGCAGUAAUGAAGAGGAAACCCUCGAGGGCAAGAGCCUUGCGUGGUAGCUUUGACAGGUCGCUACCAUUGGCAGUGGUUUAGGUAGCUUGGUGGAUACAUUCAUGAGUUUUUUGGCUUCCUCACAGAGAGCUUAAAAUCGAUUCUUUUGAUACUGAGGUACAUAAAUUUGUCGAAGAAGUUUCAGACUCAUUCACAUAUGUUCAUUCCAUAGCCUGAAUCUAUACAUAAAAUACAUUAUCCUUGUAAGUUUGCAAAGGGAAAAUCAAGACAAUUUGCUUGUAGAAUGAUGUGUAGUGGCCUUGAAAGAUGAAUUACCUCAAUGGGGGCAAAGGUGUGCCUAAAAAUUCCUGGUGUAAGCUCAGGCAAUAAAAUUGUAUUU